CGCAAAUCGAGGAAUUUUUAAGAGAAAACUUUAAACAGAUAUUUUCAAUUUAUUUCGAAAAAGUUGUUAUAAGUACUUGUGGAGAAAAAGAAGAAUGGAGUCUCACAAAUUGAUCGCUUUUCUCGGAGUUAUAAUUUAUACAUAUGGGUUUGUCGCUGUGUCCACAAGUGCACAAUCAACACCUACAGCAGCAGCAAUAACAAAACCAACAACACCACCACCAACAGUACCAUCAUCAGCAGCAGCUUCACCCAUUAGUGGAACUGGAACCGGAACCGGAACUGGAACCGGAACUGGAACCGGAACUGGAACCGGAACUUUAACUGGUGGGGGCGGUACUGGGACUGGUGGUGCUGGAACUGGAACCGGAACUGGGACUGGCGGGGCUGGAACUGGAACUGGAACUGGGACUGGCGGGGCUGGAACUGGAACUGGAACUGGAACCGGAACUGGGACUGGCGGGGCUGGAACUGGAACCGGAACUGGGACUGGGACUGGUGGGGCCGGUACUGGAACUGGUGGGACAGGCGCAGGGGCUUUUGUGCCAUACAAUUGUACGAAAGGAUCUUGCAAUGGAACAAAAUCAGACAUGAGCUGUCUCAAGAAUGUAAGCGGAACAUGUUCAGUAUCAGCCUCAGGUCAUGGUUGUCAAGUUUUAAUCGCUAACAACACAGUAACUGCAGGCUGUGCCCCCGGGCCUUGUGUGGAAUCAGACACCUUAAGAUGUUGCCAAAGCGCGCGCUGCACUGAUGAGCCUAUCACUACAACAGCAGCCUACAGUGGCAACAACGGCAUUCAAGCCUGUAUAACAACGAUCGUUACCUUGGCAACGGUUGUCAUGGCAAUAAUCAACUGAGUUUACCUUUGUUACACUUCCGUUGCAAUGAUCACAGACUUUUAUGGAAGUUUAUUACAUUAUAGGAGUUUAUAAAACAUUAUUUCGAUGGUUUAUGUUGAUAGACUCAGAAAUGUAUGCAAAGAUCUGACUCGCUUGUAAAGAAAACUGGCCAGCCAAUUGAAGGCUCAUACAGAUGACGUCAUAUUGACAGAAUGUAACUUAAACCUGUUGAUUUUAGCUUGGCCUUUUCUUUUCUAUCCGCUUAUUUCCAUUUGCUUUUAAAGUCUCCGUCCAUUGGCUUUAGUUAAAAAAUGUUAUAGUUGAUUUCAUAAUAAAAAUUUGAA